AUAAUAGCAAGGUUGUACAAGAACAGGAUAAAUUGACUGAUUCUUAAAUUUUUUUCAUUCAUCCUGUAUAAGCAAAUACAUGUGUAUGUAUUUAUUAUUAUGCAUGUAGGACUAUGUUAUUUUAUACAAUUUAAAACCCAAUUACUAUGUAUGUACAAUUUUGAAGUGACGUCAUCACAUUAGUGGUAGGGAUGAUUGGACAAAUUUUGGUUAGCGUUUUAUCAUCUACAUGAUAUAGGUACCUAAUAUAAAUACAAAAUUUGAUAAAAAUCGGCCCAGUACUUUCGGAGAUUAUCUGUCUACUAAAAAUCCGGGACGGCAAACAGACGGAAACGGGAGACCUAUUUCUUCGUCUUCUAGGGAUCAUGAAAAAUCGAGAAAAUGUAAAAGUAGAGAGUCGGCCGACGGACUCGAUUACAAUACUUCCUUUGCUUACGCUCGAGAAGUAAAAAGGCAUUAAAAAGAACAUUGCAUUUGUUUUAAAUCUAUCUAAAGACAAAAUUCUUAUUUUGCAUUAAAAUUUGUAUGUACAUAAUCCGUGUGUACCUAUCGUUAUCGUGUAGAUAGUAAGAAACAGCAGAACAUUCGUACAAAGGCCAGGGUCGUAAACCAGUAAGCAGAAGUCGCGAGUCAUUCGCGAGUGCUUAUAUUAUAGUUAUUAACUUAUUACAAUUUAAAUAAGAUAACAAUUUACUACAAAUAAAAAAAUGAGAACACGUAAAUAUAUUUAGAUUUAUUGGAUUAAUCAACCUGAAGUGUGUUAAAUUAAUGAACGGUUUUGUUUUUCAGCGCCAGUGAAAGUUUUACUUUUAAAAUAAAAACAAGUGCCUCAAUCCGUUUUAGCACAUGUAACAUGCUUAAUAGCUCUGAUUUAAAUGAGCACUAGUAAUAAUAAUUAUACAGGUAUUAUUUAAUCUAAACGUAAUUUUUAUUACUACACCACAGCCAACUGCAACAUGUCGACGAUAGUGAAUUUCAUUUUGUGUUCUUUGGUUGUUUGUGCGUUGUCGGUAUUUUACAACAUAACCUACAAUUGUACACCACCGAAAAUGGUAAACUUGGGUGAUAUUUUCCCAAACUUCGAGGCAGAAACAACUGUAGGUCGAAUCAAAUUUCAUGAUUGGCUAGGAAAUUCAUGGGGUGUUUUGUUUUCACAUCCCGCCGAUUUUACACCCGUUUGUACAACAGAAUUGGCCAGAGUUAUACAACUGCAUUCUGAAUUUACUAAACGUGGAGUAAAAGUUAUAGCACUGUCUUGUGAUUCUGUAGACACACAUAAAAAAUGGUUAAAUGAUAUAAAAGUUUAUGCUGGUUAUUCGGAAGAAGGUUUUCCGUAUCCAAUUAUAGCGGAUGAAGAUCGUGAACUGGCUACCGCUUUGCAAAUGAUUGACCCCGACGAAAAGGAUGCUGAUGGCAUACCAUUAUCAGCCAGGGCUGUAUUUAUUGUGGAUCCCAAGAAACGAAUGCGUCUUUCUAUAUUGUAUCCUGCUACAACAGGAAGAAAUUUUGAUGAAAUUUUAAGAGUCAUUGAUUCUUUACAACUAACGGAUAAACAUAAAGUUGCUACUCCUGUCGAUUGGAAACCUCAAGAACAUGUAAUGGUACAGCCUUCUGUGUCUGAUGAAGAAGUUAAAACUUUGUUUCCUCUUUUGACAAUUGUUGCAUUACCAUCAGGCAAAAAUUAUGUUAGGAAAACUCCACAACCCUAAAUGACUGAAUCUAAGUUUUAUUUUAAUAACUUAAUUUCUAUUUUUGUAACACUGAAUAGUUUUUAAAUAAAUAGUUCAAUUUGUAA